AUGUUCAAUUUUCAAAAUUCAUUUGGUUUGUCUGUAAUUAAAAAGGUUUAUCAGGCUGUGGGAUUGGGCUAUUUUGGCAUUGUGGAAAAUGGCGUGGCAAAGUUAUGUGGUAACGAUGCUCGGAAGUUUAAUUAUUAUGGGGGGUCAGUGCUACUUAUGUCUGUAGAUGGAAAAGUGAUCACCUUAAAAUUGAGUAAAAGUAAUUCGGCUUUAUCAGAAUUUUUUCUACAGUCAUGUUAUUUACUUGGAAGUCAACAGUUUUCAUUCGGAUGGAUUUUGGUAUUUGUUGCUUUACAUGGAUUAAAAUCACAUAUGUGGCGAAAACGUGAAAAACGACUCAUGGCUCUGCGACAGACUGCAUUAAAAGAACGAGAAGUCAUUCUAGCUCAGCUUCAAGACCUUCCUGCUUGGGUUCAGUUUCCAGACACCGAACGAGUGGAAUGGCUAAAUAAAGUUGUACUGCAGCUUUGGCCAUACAUUGGUGAAUAUUCCAAAAUUUUCAUGCGUGAAUAUAUUGAGCCCCAAAUUAAAUUGCAACUACCAUCUAUUUUCAAGACAUUCAAAUUUACGAAAAUAGAUAUAGGUGAUAUCCCUUGUCGCGUUGGUGGUAUCAAGGUUUACACUCACAAUGUUGGUCGAGAUCGUAUCAUUGUUGAUAUGGAUGUUGCUUAUGCUGGAGAUGCUGACUUCGACGUCAGUGUUGCGGGUUUCACUGGUGGUUUAAAUCAACUACAGUUUUCUGGAAAGUUGAGAGCUGUGCUUAAACCGUUAUUACCGUAUCCACCUAUGGUUGGUGGAAUUUCUGGGUUUUUUUUGGAAAAACCGAAAAUUGAUUUCAAUCUGACUGGUAUGGGUGAAUUCGUAGAAUUACCCGGUCUCUUGAACGCAAUUCGUGCUAUAAUAGAUUCACAGGUUUCGGCUUUAUGUGUGGUUCCCAAUGAAAUUGUGAUUCCUUUGGCUCCAAAUGUUGAUGUUACCAGGCUCUUUUUUCCAGAACCAGAUGGUGUUCUUCGUUUGGAAGUUGUGGAAGCUAGAAAUCUGGAAAAUAGAGAUUUCAAAUUCACAAAAAGAAUGGCCAGUGACCCUUACUGCCAAAUACAAGUUGGAUCACAAUUCAGUAAGACAAGAAUAAUUAAUAACAAUCUGAAUCCGGUUUGGAAUGAAUACUUUGAAUUUGUUGUCGACCAAGCCAAUGGACAGAAAUUACGAUUGGAAUUAUUCGAUUACGAUAAAACAAGCAGGGACGAAGAGCUCGGAAGACUGGAUAUUGAUUUAAACACAUUAAAGAUAAAGGGCAAUAUCGAUGAGUGGUUUCCUCUUGAUGCUUGUAAACAUGGCGAUAUACAUAUAAAAGCUACUUGGAUGGAUUUGUCAUCAUCUAUAGCAGAUCUCAGCUGUUGCAACUAUGAAGGUUUUUGGAAUAAUGCUGACAAGCCAGUACAUCCCGCACUGCUGAUGAUUUUUAUUGAUAGCGUAUCCGAUUUACCAUAUCCUAGAGCGAAGUUAGAGCCAUCUCCAUAUCUUGUACUGACUCUUGGCAAGGAAUCUCAGCAAACUCCGAUCAAGUUAAACACUGUGAAUCCAUUGUUUCAAUGCAAAUUAUUAUUCUUUGUGCGUUUUCCUGAAGGACAAGAAUUGAGAUUUGAGGCAAUAGAUAACACAACGAAACGUUCCUUAGGAGAUUCAGUGCUGCCACUAAAAUCAAUAUUGAACGAACCAAAUUUAGAAUUUUUUCAACACACUUUAUUAUUAACUCUUGGAGCUCACCAAAGUUCAAUGGUUAUUACGGCACGCAUCAGGGUUAUUAUCCACUGCAAUUCAUAUAAGUUUAUAGAAAUAUUCAUUGAGAGGGCUGAAAAAAUCAAAACCAGUAAAUAUCGGAAUUCUGCUGAAGAUGUGACGGAUCUUUUCAAGCUGAACGACAAAGAUGUAAAACAGUUCUCAGCUAUUCAUUCAAAUAUACCAAGAAGCGAAGGAACGAUAGCGCGACGCAACAGUAGUGGUUCAUUCAUUAGUGUCUGCAAACGUCGUCGUAAUUUUGGCGAAAAAUUGUUUUUAUCGAAGCAUACCAUGAGUAAAAGGAAGAUUGAAUUGCAACCCCUCGAUAGUGAGGGUUCUGCAGACCCAUACGUAACUUUACGUCUAGCACCAUUGAACUGUGCACGCGAUGGCGAGAAGCAACGAACAGCUGUAGUUUCGGGAUGUCUUGAUCCGAUUUUCGAUCACCAAUUUGAGUUCAAUCUGCACUUCAGCGAUAUUAAGAACCAUAUGCUUAUAUUCACGGUCAAGGAUGCCAUCAAUUACGGUGUUUUUAAUAAGGCUCCUGUUUUAGGCACGGUAAGUUUACCUAUUGUAUUUACAAAAAGUUUUUGAUG